GUCCAGUUUACAUUGAGCUCUGAUCUUUGAUCCUGGAGAAUGAGUCCAAAUACUUGCUGGCUUUGCAAGACAUUCAGACCAGAAGAAACUGGGAUCAGUUCUAAGAUACCUUUGGAGGAAGUGCUACAGUGGUCCCAGUCUUUUGAAAAUAUGGUAAAGAGCAAAUAUUUGUCUAUAAUCUAUAAGACCUACUUGAAGACAGAACACAGUGAUGAAAACAUAGAAUUCUGGCUUGUCUGUGAAACUUAUGAGAAGAUAAAAUCAUAGAGGAAAAGGAUUUCCAUGGCCAAGAAGCUCUUUACAAGUUACAUCCAACCCCAGGCUCCCAACGAAAUAAACAUUGACAGUCCUGCAAGGAAAGCAAGUAUGAGGAAUGUUCAAGAGCCAACACAGUCCUAAUUUGAUGAUGCACAAAGAAUACUCUACAGGCACAUGGAAAGAGAUUCCUACCCAGGAUUUCUUGAAUCACAGUUCUACCAAAAGCUCAAACACAGUCUUCAAACUAAUGGCAACAAUUCAAUGGGAAAUUGA